AUGGUUAGUUCGACUGUCGUUUUCGAUAAAAAGUCCGAGCCCUCGUCCUCGGCGACCCCCGUAGACGGAGUUCCAGCACAGCACAAUGAUAGCAGCACCACUACUACUAUUUCCUCCUCCAUGCCUUUCAGCAGCAACAGCACGUGUAGCGACACGGCUGGCGUGCGACGCGCACCAGGCGGCUGCGGUGUUGGUGCUGCGGCGAACGGCGAUGAUCCAGCGUCGAUGAGUUUGAGUGAGCAGAAGAUUUUGCUGCUAUUCCCGAAAUGCAAACCGCGCAGUGAAUGUCACCACGUCAUGAACAGUGCCAGUGCGAGUGCCAGUGUCAACGGGAACGGUGGUGGUGCUGGUUCUAGCGGUACGAAGGGAGGAGGUGCCAACAAUAACUGCAUGAUGGAGGUAGGAGGGGUGCCGCUGCACGGGUCCACGCAUUCGCUUUCCCCGUACGCUGCCAUCGCUGCGGCUCGGUCGAGCCCGACGGCCGCCACCGCUACGGCCACCAGUGCCGGUGCUGCUUCGAAGCUGAUGUACAUCGAUAAAAAUCCCUACGCUAACAACAAUAGUUCCACCAAAGGCAACAGCAACGCCACCAACUACCACUCUGCUGUCAGCUUCGACUACAGUGCUGCUGCUGCCGCUGCCGCUACUGGUGGAUCCGCCAAGGAAUUGCCCACAAUCGGAGGAAAGGCUGUCCAGCUCAGCUCGAUGGCUGGUGGCUCCGGCGGUAGUGACAAUAAUAACCAGUACAACGGUAGCCCAAGCGCAACAACCGAGACCGCUGCGGGAAUGAUGAUGAAGGACAAGUACAGUAGUAACCUGAACCACGGCACCAAAUUCGGUCACUCUGGUGGCAGCAGCAAGGGGCCAGCGGACAUUUACAGCUUCUACUACAACAAUCAACCUCCACCGCUGUCGAGCUCGCCGACCGAAAGCUACCCCUCAAUGGGAGUUGGCGGAGGUAACGUCGGCGGUGGCACAGGUGCCGGUGGCGGAGGAUUGUUGCUCUCGGAUGACGACGACGACGACGGUUGCGGUGAGUUUGUGGCGCCUUUGAAAAAAAAUGAUCCUCCACAAGGCGCCUCCAUCGGUUGGGCGGACGGUGGUGGUGGCGGCAGCAGCAACAACAGUUACUGCCACCUGUCCGUUUCCCACUACCCAAGCAGUGGCAAGCAGAAGCAGGGUGGCGGUGUCACCCAGUCCGUGAAGCAACCGCGGACGGGCUACAAACCGAUCAGUUGCUACAACAUGGUGCUACAAUCGCCGCUCGAGGACGAGAGCGACAUUGAGGACAAACUGAAGUACUUCAACUAUCAGCACGAGAUGCAAAGCUACGGUGGUAGCGCGGCGCGCAAGGACAAACUGCUCAGUCUCGGACGGCAGGUGGUAGCCCUUGGCGCGGCUAGUGAGAUGCAUUGCGGCGGGUUACACACCGGCAUGGAUGGCAUCAGUAUGAUGGGUAGCAAACUGGGUGAGAUGAUGCACGAAAAGGGACAGUCCAUGGGGCACAAAUACCAGCUGCAGCAGCACGGGGACGGCAAGCUGGAGGAAACCCUGAUUUCGGCGUCACCAAAGGGCCAGCUGCAGCUCGGGCAAAAGUUCGAGCACGUGGUUGGACCACACGUUGGGCUGAGCGUGGCCAGCCCCAGUGCGGAGUGCGAUGUCCAAGGCAUGAUCGACUUUGCCGGACGGAAGUCGGCAAUCAACCACGGCAAACCAACCGAGCCGGCCGCCAUUGAGCCACGUGACACGUGUAUAUCCAGCUCGGGAUCCAACAUAAUAGAGUACGACGGUUCUCCCCGGCGGUUUGGACUGAACUUGUGUGACGACACGGACUACUACUUAGCUUCCAGUGUGAAGAUCAACCUAACGUCGUCCUCGAUGCUGGCACUGCCCCGGCCGGGCUUCCCCCAGCGGAUCGUGCCGGCGGCAGGCGGCAUCGGUACGGGCAUGGUAGCCAGCCCCAACGCGAACGUUCUGCGCCAUUCACCGUCGUUGCUCGAUCAGGUCAACUCUAGCCUAAACAAAACGGUCCUAUUUGACUCGAAGGUAGCUACUGGCCACACUGAUCCUACGGAGCCGCGUCAAGAUCUGCAAGAUCUACACCACGACACGGGCGACACGAGGGGCAGCGGACCAUCGGCGCCGACGCUCGAGAAGAUCCAUUUGAAUGAUUCAUCACACGCGCACGGCGACGGCGAGCUGGGCAUGGCCGACGGCAAACUGUCGGUGCCGUCCCCACAGCAGCCGCCGCCGCCGCUCACGAGCUCCUCGACGUUCGACUAUCUGUACGAGUUUUCCGAGACACGAAAGGUGCUGGAGGAAUUUUUCAAGUGCCCUUCGACCGAGGACGUGGAGAAGGUGCUGGAGAAGUUCAGCGACUUCAACGACAGCGGAGGCGAGGAGGAGGAGGAGGAAGACGAUGACCCAGAGAGUCUCGACGUGCAGUACGAGUACCCGGUGGAGCUGGAGCAGCGAGUGCAGGGUGCGCCGCUCGAGACGACCUACAUCGGUACGCAGAACGGUACGAAACCGGAAGCGCGCCACGUUGCGGCCCGGGAAGAGGAAGCGGAAGAGGACGAGGAUGAGGACGAAGAGGAGGAGCCGUCGGAGCGACGCGGAGAUAUCAGCAUGAAGUAUAAGUAUCACCCGAAGCGCAACAAGAGCGGGACCGGGCCGUCUCCCGUGUCGGCCUACGGAGGACUGCGGCGUAAGAAACCGGGUGGCGGUGAGCAGAAACGGGGCCACCACACCGUUGGCUCGGAGUAUCCCGUGCCCGUCUACAAGAUGGCCAGCGGCUAUCCGGAGUCCACCGCCAAGCAGCACCAGCAACAGCAGCAAGGCGACUCAAAGGCGUUCGAGCACAACGAGCUGUACUUCAGCUCGUACAUCAACAGCGAGAGCCGCACGAGCAGCUGCGAAGCGAUUCACCGGGACCCGCACGGGUAUGAGGCGAACGGUGGUGUCGGGCCCCUACUAGCGAACGGAACCGCGGCCAGUAUCAUUCAGCCAACGCUGGACUAUGGCACAGCAUCGAACGGGACCGCUCCCAACAUCGACGGGCGGAAGGGGUUCGUGCAGCAGAAGUACAGCAAAAACUUUAACUAUUCGCCCGACACCACGGAUUACGACUCCAACUGCGGUGAUUACGACAGUGAAAUCUCACCGCAGUACGGCAGCGACUUCGGUCUGAUUACCGGCAGCGGUCAUGCGACCAUGUGCGAGGAUUUGAACAACGGCGUCAUCAGUGCCACUUCGGGUGGUGCGCCACCCAACGAGCCUCUGGCCGGCUGCCAGUUCGGGGGCAGCGGAGCAGCCAAUUACUCGCGCUACUACGCAGCGAUGCCGGUGCUGGAGGAUGGUCUGUCCAGUGGGCACGUUUCGGACUCGGAAAACAAUCUCACCAACAUUUCGCUGUCGAGCGUGGCGCUGCCUCCAGAUCUAGUGCCGUCGGUGGGCAAACUGGUCACGGCUCCCGCCGCGACAGUCGGUGAUGACAUGAUACAGCAGUCGGCGAGCGCCACCGGUUACGCUCUUGGGCAACAGUCGUCACCUUCCAGGGCGGUGAUCAAACCUUCACCCUCAUCGUCAUCCAUCGCCUCGAAAGAAGUACAAAGUAUGCAGCAACAGCAGCAGCAGCAGCAACAACAACAACAACAGCAGCAGCAGCAGCAACAGCAGCAGCAACACGAGCAGCAGCAGCAUGAGCAACAGCAGCAGCAACAGCAGGUGCAACAACAAACUCAUAACCCAACGGUGGACGCCUUUUUUGGGUGUAGCAACACGUUCCGGAUGAGCAACGUUAAACUCAACUCGAGCAUGUUGCACAGUGCGACGAUUUUCAAGAACCGUGAUCCGGAGCUGGAGUCUCUUUACACGAUCAAUACGAUACAGUCGACACCGCCACCUCCAGCACCAGCACCGCAUAGGAAAUCAUCCAUCGAUUGUGAUAGCUUAUCGACGCAACAACAACCGCAACAGUCGCAACAAUCAAAGCCACAGCAACAGCAGCAACAGCAGCAGCAACAGCCAUCACCUCAUCAACAACAACAGUUCAACCACUCACAAUCAGCCGGUAUCGAUGUGCAGUCGACACUCAAGGACAUCAGAAUAUGCUUGCAAAGAUCGAGGAACCUGAACCUGGUAGGCAACAUGCAGCAACAGCAACAGCCACUGUCGGGGAAAGGGUUCGAGAAAGGUACCAGCACCAUGUGCCCGGAACUGGCGGAUUCCAUUGUUCCGAGUCUGUCGCCCAUUUGGAUCCCGCGUUCCGGGCGAGAGUCGCAGGAGCAGGAGCAGUACGGUAGCAAACCAGUGCAGGCCAGUGGUGCUGGUGCUGGUCUCGGCCAGUCUAGCGGGGCCGCAGUCCUGGGACAGACAAUGGUCUGCAAACCGCCAGCGGCUCCUGCAAAGUCCUGCUCGGAAGAGAGCGAACUGUUCAUCCAACACUCGGGCCCCGAUAAGGACGUUGUGGGCGCGGGCCUGACGGUCGACGACGAAGAGGACCCGGACACGGAUCUCGAGACGGACCGGCUGCUCGGACACCAGCGGCUGGACGAUCAUGGCUUCUACGACGAGAAGCAAAAGAUGUGGUGCGAGCGCAAGGCCAUCCCGCGCAUGAUGUCACUGGGCAAACUGUCGUCGAUGCAGCAGACCGUGGCGACGACGACGACGAUGGCCACCACGGCCACGGGGCUGCUGCAGGUUACCGUGUCGUCGGCCGCGAACGGCGUGGCGGGCGGCAAGGUGACCGGCGCUAUAGGCGGCGGCACGCGGCCGGCAGCUGGCCAGCUGGCGACUGGUGGAGCAGGCUUCCUGCCAGGAUCCGCUUCAUCGACGCACGGUGUCAUGCCGUCCAGCGGACCACUGCCAGAACUCGUCACAUCGUCCUCGCCGAUCGGUGGCAGCGUGGUGACGAACGGUGCCGCUACCUCGGCCACCUCGGCCGCCACCUCGGUAAUGGCCAGUGCAGCGACCAACAAUGGCACCGCAUACCACAAGAGCACGGGCGGUGGUGGGACCGGCGCAGGCAACCUAAUCACCUUUAACGGUCCCAACGACGGUUCUCAGGCACAGGUCGGUGGCAAUGCAGCUGUUUCGCCCAGCCCUAGCCCACAGCACUCGCUCAGCGGCGUAAACUUGCUGGACAAGUCCAACGGCUCCGGCAGUCCUAGUGGGUCGACCAAGUCGAAGUUGCUGCACCAGGAAACGAAGCGGAAGUCGAAGAACAAAGAAGUGCUCAUUGAAGGCGUGCUAUUCCGUGCCCGCUACCUCGGCUCGACGCAACUCGUUUGCGAAGGACAGCCCACCAAGUCCACCCGGAUGCUGCAGGCCGAGGAAGCCGUCUCUCGAAUCAAGGCGUUGUCUCCCGAUGGCGAAGCGCAACCGAGCACGGAGGUGGACCUUUUCAUCUCGACCGAAAAGAUAAUGGUUCUGAACACUGAUCUGAAGGAGAUCAUGAUGGACCACGCACUCCGCACCAUCUCGUAUAUAGCGGACAUCGGCGACCUGGUGGUACUGAUGGCUAGACGGCGCUUCGUGCCGCAGGAUAUCGACUCGACUGAUUCGUCCGGUGGCGGCGCCGGCGCCGGUACCGGUGGCAAUGGAACGGCGUUGGCGGCACCUCACAUCAUCGGCAACCACGGCGGCACGAACGGGAACGCGGGCACUCCGGCCCAGAAGCCGUCCACGGCCGGUGGACCGAAGGGUAACCGCACCCCCAAGAUGAUCUGCCACGUGUUCGAGAGCGAGGAAGCGCAGUUCAUCGCGCAGAGCAUAGGCCAAGCGUUUCAGGUGGCGUACAUGGAGUUCCUGAAGGCGAACGGCAUCGAGGACCACAGCUUCAUGAAAGAGAUGGACUACCAGGAGGUGCUCAACAGUCAGGAGAUUUUCGGCGACGAGCUCGAAAUUUUCGCCAAAAAGGAACUCCAGAAAGAGGUGGUGGUGCCGAAGGCGAAAGGUGAAAUCUUGGGCGUGGUAAUCGUCGAGUCGGGCUGGGGCUCGAUGCUGCCGACGGUCGUGAUCGCGAAUCUGGCCUCGUCCGGCGCCGCGGCCCGUUGCGGCCAGCUCAACAUCGGCGACCAGAUCAUCGCUAUCAACGGCCUGAGCCUCGUCGGGCUGCCGCUGUCCACGUGCCAGGGCUACAUCAAGAACACCAAGAACCAGACGGUGGUCAAGUUCACCGUCGUUCCGUGCGCACCGGUGGUGGAGGUGAAGAUCAAGCGACCAAACACCAAGUACCAGCUGGGAUUCAGUGUUCAGAACGGGGUGAUUUGCAGCCUGCUACGGGGUGGAAUAGCCGAACGGGGCGGUGUUCGCGUCGGCCACCGGAUCAUCGAGAUCAACAAUCAAAGCGUUGUUGCGGUGCCGCACGAAAAAAUUGUAAAUUUACUCGCAACUUCUGUUGGUGAGAUACUCAUGAAAACCAUGCCGACAUCGAUGUUUCGUUUGCUGACCGGCCAGGAGAACCCAAUUUACAUAUAAAUUGCAGUUUUUGCAACAUAGUGCUGUUGUUUUUAUCCUACAAAAGCACACCCAUACACCGCCACACGCCAUCCUAUAGACGCCCGUGCGCUAAAGGAGCAAACAAAUACA